GUUUCCUUGGAAACUACGUACGUCAGUAAAAAAAUAUCGAGCCCUUUUUGCAUCGACGACUGUCAAUCAAAAUUCGCAGCAAAGGUGGCAUAAAUAUACAAAUUCCGAGUGAAAAUGGACCAAAGCAGAGCUCGCUCUAGGAGUCGAAGUGCUCGCGGUGGCAGAACUCCCAGAAGGCAAAGCGUACCUCCAGACGUGAGAAUCUCCAGGGCAUCCAUAAACCCUUUCCUCAACUUCCUGGCAGACUACAGAAAAUCCAACACGCAGGGCUUAAGUAUGAAGGACCUAGCCCAGAAAGGUGCUAAGCUGUGGAGGGAAAUGUCUCAAAAGGAAAAAGAACCAUACAUUAGGAUCUCCAAAGAAGCCCAAAUCUACAGGAAGGCAUCAAAGGGAAGAAGGAAGGGUAGGAAAAGUAGAAGGAGACGACGUGGAAGUAAAGACGAUCACACUCAAGUUCAACUGAGGAUGAAAGAAGUAGAUAUAGGCAUAAGGAGCCAUCCAAAUCAGCUCGUGAGGAAGGUGAUAGGAAUUGUGAGGAUACGGAGGUGAAGCCUUACAGUUCAAAGCAGAAGCAUGACGAACCUGUAGAAGAGGUCAAACAGCCUGAUGAUGUAUCGAUAGAUAACUUAAUACAUCCAAGAAUUAGUUAUGACAGUAUAAGGAGAGAUUACAUCUAGGGUCAUAUCUUUGUGAUAGUAAUGUGAUAUCUCCAAGAGAAUAAAAUUUGCUAUACAGUACCUAUACAUUUCAUUUUGAACGUGCAGCUUUACCGACACUUUGUAGCCAAAACUAAUAAAAAAA